UUUGGUUGAUGCAGCAACGUGUUCUGUGGUUCGGUGGGUGUCGGUGAUCGCCGCCGCCAUGUGCCUUCAAUCUAGGGCGGCUCAGUGGGCCAACAAUGGGUGAGGCGCGUCAUGUGCGGGUCGGUACAACACUGCAAGUUUGCCAUUGUUGCGAGACGCGCGUUAGGACUGCCACGCGAGGCAAGGCUCUACUCACACCUCACCACCCUUUCUUCUCGAUUCCUUCACUGCUGCUCCUAGCGCAGCGGUGAUCUCCUCCACCGUGACACGUGACAGUGGCGUUGGUAGCGUGUGCGGCGUGACGUGACACUCAGUGAUCCUUACGGUGACCUGUGUCGUGUAUCAGUGUACUGUGAUAAUACGUCUCGUCUCGACUACCUUUGAUUAAGAAACUAUAUAGGACAACAGAGUUUUCAAGAGUGCAUUCAUGAUUCUAAAAAUUAUUUGACAAAGAUUCUGCAUCAGCAAUUGUGAAAAUUAGAAAAGAAAAAUCGUGAGAAACUUGCUUGAUAUUUGUGGCCUUGAAAAUACGAGAAGUCUAUGAGAUCCCGAAGCGUUUAAGAACAUGUACAAACUAAAGUCCCUCGAGUGCUGGAAAUACUAGGGCACCACGUGAUUCUGAGUGACACUGAGGAGCAGGGCACGUGCGGAAGGCGACACGGACACCCAGGCAUGCCCCUCAGAAGGCGGGGGCGGCGGAGGUGAGGCGGGCGGUAGACACGGCGCCUCCAGCAUGGGCCAGGCGCUACACCGUGUAUUCCAGCACCCUCAGGUUCACUUCCUCCUGUGGCUGGGGCGGCAGUACCUGGUGGAGGUGUGGGCCAAGAUGGAGAGGACUACCUGCCGCCGCCCACCUCGCCACCCACCCCCGCCCGUACCUACCUACACCUCCCCGCCGCCCACGCCCACGCCCACACACAGCGAGGAGCCGCAUCUGUACAGCUGUCCUCAUCAUGGCCGCUCCCCUCCUGACGUCUGCUUUCUGUGUGUGGAGGACGAGGUGGAGUUGCGCGUGUCUGAGGACGAGGGCGCGGUGGAGGUGGAGGAUGGAGCCGCCCACCCUGCCCCGCACCUCAGGCCGCCCAUGUUCAACCCGGAAGACUACGCCCUCGGCCUCACCAAGUACGCCCGCAUGACGAAUAUGUACGCGCCCGAUGUGCCCAGGGAGAGGAAGGGGCGGGGAAGGGAAAAAGAGAAAGGCGUGGGGCGAGACCUACCUCAGGAAAUGUCCCUCAAGCAGUUCAGUUCCCUGCCGGAGCUACUCAAGAAGCUACGAGAGGACCUCAAAAUGUCAUAUCUCAGCUUCGUGAAGGAGUUGGUGCGUGAUCCCCAUGACGGCGUGAGUCUGCUGCUGGACGUGCUCAAGAUGGUCCAGCUGGCCCAGACUGACCUGAAUGGCUCGGGCAGCAGCAGGGAACAGCAGGCAGCACUACGCCGCGCCCUAGUUGAUGAGCACGAGAUUCUGGGUUGCCUGCGUUACUGCCUGCGGUGCCCCGAGGCCGCCCCUCGCCUGGCCCACUACCCGCCCGGCCUGUACACCCUCGCAGUGGCCACCAUGAGCAACCUGGCCAGGAGCAGGACCUUGGCUCUCCAGCUCCUGACGAAGGCGUGCAUGACCUCUCCUAACGGACACAGACAGGUGGUGGAGGCGCUGGCAACACUACGUCUUCGUUUCGCUGAGCCGGUCAAGUGCAAGUUCCUGGUGUCAAUGAUGCUCUCCCACCCUCAUCCCAGUUUCCAGGUGUGGGGGCUGAGAUUCGUGAACGCCCUGCUUGCCUCCACUGCCACACUGAGGGAACGAGUGUACCUGCAGGAGGAGCUGACGGAGGCGGGUUUUGAUCCUGCAGCUCUCAAGAAGGUGAUCGAACGCAGCGGGUCGGACCACCUCCAGCAGUUGGCAGGCGCGGAACUCGGUCGGUGGGCAGAAGGCUACGUGGAUGUGACGGCCUUUGAUAGGGAGCUUAAAGGUCUUAAGAAUUCCAACACCACCCUUCAGGAGGAGCUACAGAAGCUGCGUGAGGCAAACAUGAAACUCUUGGAGGAGAACGUGCUACUGAAGACGGUGGGCAGUGAGGUGGAGGAGCGCUACGCCGCUCUCAAGCGUCGCCUGGAGAGCAACGGUCUUCAGGCACCGCCCUCCCCGGUUCCCUCCGUAAGCGACUCCGAUCUCUCCUCCCUCAACACCUUCAGGAACAUCGUGUCUCGCCGCAACUCGGACUCUCCUUCUCGCAACGGCGACAACCGCAGCGGUGUCACAGAGACUGAUUCCGUCAUUUUCACCAAAGCUGGACAGCGCUCCGUGACACCCAUAAUGGAGCCCUUGUCCCUGCCUCCUAUCGACACCGCCAGCAGUGUUUCCUCCGUCGCCUCAGAUCUCACCGUCGCCCCCGCCAGGCCUGCAUCCUCCUCCAGCGGCCCGUCACUCCCCAGCCGUAGUAGGCAUCAGUCAUCGUCUUCGUCCUCCACCCCGGACCCCCGCCUCGUGUCGCCGCUCAGGAGUGUUGCUGCGUCACCAGUAAGGGACGAUCCAAGGAUCGAAGGAGCGAUUCCGACCAGUGUAUCGCCUGUCUCGGAUCAGGAAAAGCGGCGGUCAGUCAGUGGAGACAGGUUUAACGAGGUCAUGCCACCCAUGCACAUCGAAAUGACCUUCCGCAGCGAAAAAAAGCCGUUCACUUCUGACGCGGCGACACAGAAGGAGAGGAGCAGAUCACCCCGUGGAGGACAGCAACCCAAGGACCCAAAGAGACCUUCCAGAUCAAGUAGCCGCCAGAGGCAGCCCACGCCACCCCAGACUAGCUCUGGUGGAAGACACGACUGGGAGAGAAGAAAGUCUGACAGUCCAACCCAGAGUGACAGGCGGCCGGACAGCCAGUCACCACAGAGCGGCCACACAUCCCCGCCUGGCGGACCAUCCACCUCACCGACCAUCUCCAAGAAAAAGUCUUCCAGACCACUGCCUUCAGGUGCAGCAAGCCCAUUCUCUUCCUCAACUUCUUCCCUCUCGUCAUCGUCCUCCACCUCCUCCACUUCAGGAGGGGAUCGGAAGGACCCAGAAUACAUGAACGUGCCUCGGCGGGAGUCCCCGAGCGUCAAGAGCCGCAGCGGCGGUGACGAGACUGACCUGGACUACGAGCGGGACGUGGUGGUGUAUGAAGCGAUCACCCUCGGCAACGACCGCAUUUUUAUUGACAAGAGCAACACUCAGGACUCCCGUGGCUCCGGCAACAGCCACACCUCGGCGGAGACACGGGGCAGUCAGGGGCAGCAAGAGGCGGUGCCCGAUGGACCCAACGUGCGUGAGUCUGUGCGUCACUACGAGAACCUGGUGAUGAUGGGUGAACAGGGAGAGGCGGUGAAUGACACAGGGAAGGGAGGACAAGAUAACGCACCCCUUCGACGCCAGCAGAGCAGGCGGGAGACGCGGGAGAAUGGCAAAACUAAUGCUCACGAAGAAGUGAGUGAAAGAGAAGUAGAGGCCGUCAUGUCAGGCCUCGAGAACGUGUUGCGCAGCGCAGAAUCUUCUCUCAGCCUGGAAUCACAGGAAACCGUCAAGGAGAACCCUACCCUGAGGGACCACUUCGAGGACCGCGCCAGCCCAGACAACGUGCCUGGUGAGGAGCUGGAAAUCGUGCCCACUCGUGUGCCGCAACUCCCAGCAAGGGACCGCUCCAGGAACUCCCAGGCGGGCAGCGCCGCGAGUAACCCGGUACUCUUCCUCGAGCUGGAGACGCCCGCCGAGACCAGCGACACUGAGACUCUGCUGCGCCACCAGCGGUCCGGCAGUCCUCGCACUAUGGAAACAGAAUCUACACAGUCCUUUGGUUUUGUUCUUCCCGACAAGUCCCUGCGACGCCGCGAGACUUUUGUGGAGCGCGGCAGCAGUGAGCGACAGUCCGCGGAGGAGCGACGGAAGGGAAUCCGCAGGUCUGAAAGUUUUCAGACGGGUAACGCGGAGUACAACAGCCACCGGUCGUAUUCCCCGAGACGACGCGGCUCCAUGGACAUGCUGGUGCCGCUGGAGGAGCGGGAGGUGCACAUCAGCGGCCGCAUGUUCACCAAGUACACGCCGCACGAGGUGGAGCGACGCAAUCUGGUGAACGAUCUCAUUACGGCAGAGAUGAACCGCCGCAAGAACCGCAGCAUGGAGGAUCGCCUGGACCAGUGGUUCGAGGCUCACAGUGAAGACGGCGACUGGACGCUCAAGUGGAAAUACCCAGAGAUUCAGCAAGACGGGGAAGGUAAACCCAUUCGCCAGAGAAGCCGCCGCCGCCACGAAAGCCGCUCUCCGACACGUCAUGACGACAACCGCCGAGCCUCCAGGCCUCGCGGAGGUGACAACAGGUCUUCCUCGAGGCACCUGGACAAGAUUCAGUCCGCGAGAGCACACUCCGAGCAGCCCAAGCAAGGCCGUAGCAGCGGCAAGUCCUCAAAAUAUUCAAACACGGAAAUCAGUGCUUUCAAUGGCUUCAAGAAUCCGGGAGGCUUUAGGGAGAGUGACUACGGACCCAACUUCAUGCUGAACAAGCCCUCCACACGUCUCCCUCCUGACUUUGCAGACUACAGUGGGCGGGACUUUGCUCCUCCCAGAGGCAGGGGAUCCAGAGAGAGAGGCGUUGGGGCGUGGCGGAAAGGAGAGAUCGACCCCGACAUCCCAACCCCUGACUACACGGCCACGCCCGCCAGCACCCUCAACGGCGUGCCGCCCGCCAUGCCCUCCAAGCACAUCCUGGAUAUGCCCUCAGGACUCUACUGAUGCUGAGACGCGACAACCACGCCCUCCUCCCCUCGACACAAGCCACGACCAUUGACAGACAGACACACACACACACACACACACACACACACACACACACACACACACACACUGCAAGAAUGAACAAAAACACAAUAUGUACACGUUACGUUUCGCACAUUAUUGUUGUACAUGUAUGUCAUGCUACACACGUCACAUUAGAAGACGAAGGCCAGGGAACGUUGGACACUCACACUCACACACACACACACACACACACACACACACACACACACACACACUCUGAACAUCGAAGCACGUUAGACAAACACACCAAUCUUUCUUCCUCUGUGGUGAGAAACACGCAUUGUGAGCCGCCCUGCCCUGUCCCGCCCCGCUCCGUCCCGUCCCGUCCCGCCCCACGUGCAAUACUCUGAGCGACAACGUUAGUAUGUGUGUUAGUGUAUGCGAGAGUGUACAUAGAAAUAAUGAGUGUGUACAUAGUAUACAUAGAAGUAGUCGAUGCUGUUGUUUGUUGUAUACACAUAUCGGGAGUUUAUAUACGAGUUUAUCAAACAUGUAUUAUAUUGUUGAAAUGUGGGAGAUGUUUAUAAGCCCAGCUGACCAGGGCGGCUUUGGGCAACGUCCGCCACGGUUACGGAACUAGAACACUGAAGUACUAUCCAAACCAUCACAGGAAGGACUUUUCUAUUUGAACACCCAUGCAGAAUAAACUAAAAAGCAAAUAAAUAAAUAAACAAAAUAAUAGUGAAUGAAAUAAAUAGGUAAAUCAAUUAAUAAAGUAGUAAUUCCAUCUCUCAUCCCCAUCCAUUAAUUUAUCUGAUAUUCUAAAGCCCCUCAAAGCCGUCCUGAGUUCUGGAGUAGUUUUAAGAAUUAACCCAAAACCUGUACCAUAGUUAUAUAUCCACAAGUCUGUCCCUCUUCCUCUCCCUCUCCCUCUAUCCUGUUCUGAGUCUCCUGUAACACUGAUUCCCUCUGUACUUUAUGACGAGAAUAUAAAGCUAAUUGAAUUUAA